AUGAACAAUAAAGUUACGGAAAUAAUAAAUCCCGAAAAAAAGAAUGACGUGAAACGCUUCACUUUUGACUAUUCAUAUUGGUCCCAUGACGGAUUCGUGGUCAGUGAUGACGGCACUUAUGUACCCGACAGUCCUCAUUCACCCUAUGCCAGCCAACAGACCGUUUUUGAUGACCUGGGUAGGGGAAUCCUGCAGAAUGCCUUUGACGGCUACAACUGUUCCCUCUUUGCCUAUGGACAGACUGGCUCCGGUAAAUCAUAUUCUGUGGCUUUCCAAGUCACCGUCUCAAUGAUGGAGAUUUACAGUGAAAAGGUGCGUGAUUUACUGAGUGCGAAACUCAAGGAGCAGGCAGGCUUGCCUGUACGGCAGUCGGCAUCAGGUGGCUUCUUCGUUCAAGACCUUAAAAAGGUGCCCGUUGGCUCGUAUGCUGACAUCGAACAGAGGAUGGAACAAGGCAUUGCAAAUCGGACUAUCGCUGCGACAAAUAUGAACGCUUCCAGUUCACGAGCGCACACACUGAUGUGUAUAACGUUUGAUCAAAUCAUCACGAAAUCCAUCGGUGGUCAAUCGACAUCCUCACGCCUGAGCUCUGUCAUCAACUUUGUUGAUUUAGCAGGUACGUGUGUACAUGUUUUCAUUUGGAAAGUAGCCUCGGCAAUAUUUUUCAUCUUCCCAAGCAAUGCUCCAAACUAG